UUUUCCUUCUAUCAACAGACCUGCGAACAAGCAUAUCAAAUGUACAGAGUAAGAACAGUUUGUCAAAAUUCAAAACAUACAUUUUUUUUCCUAGCAUGAUAUGAAAUGGACAUAUCAUUAUAAAACAAAUGAAGUUACAAAUAAAAAGAACGCUAACAUCAAGAUCUGAAAGGGUCAAAUGUGUCGAUCUUCAUCCUUCUGAACCCUGGAUGCUGACCAGCCUGUACAAUGGACAUGUAUAUAUAUGGAACCUAGAAACAAAGAAAGUUAUAAAAACUUUAGAAGUUAGCAACCUUCCCGUGAGAGUGGUCAAAUUUGUAUCCCGUAAAAAUUGGAUUGUCACUGGCUCGGAUGACAGGUUGAUCAAAGUCUAUAAUUACAACACGCUUGAACAUGUAAAUCAGUUUUAUGCUCAUUUAGACUUCAUCAGAACAAUUGCAGUGCAUCCGACUCAUCCAUUCAUUCUGACCUCAGGAGAUGAUGGAGUGAUUAGGCUGUGGAACUGGGAAAAAAAAUGGUCCAGCUCAAGAGAAUACACGGGUCAUACCUAUGUUGUGAUGCAAGUGAUAGUCAACCCAAAAGAUAAUAAUCAGUUUGCGUCUGCUUCUUUGGACAAAACUGUGAAGGUCUGGCAGAUUGGCUUGCGGGCUCCAAAUUUUUCUUUGAAACAUGAUAGAGCUGUGAACUGUGUGGAAUAUCAUCCUGGCAAUGAUAAACCAUACCUGGUGACAGGAGAGGAAGGCGGAGCAGUGAGAAUAUGGGAUUAUCAGACUAAAUCCUGUGUGCAGAUUCUCCAAGGACAUACCAAAGAUGUUAACACUGUUGUCUUUCAUCUAUCUUUGCCACUUAUACUCUCUGGGGGUGAUGACGGUCAACUCUGUCUAUGGCAUUCUGGGACAUACAGACUUGAAAAGGUCAUGAACUAUGGGCUGGAAAGAGUUUGGAUGAUAACAUGUCAGAAAGCAUCCAGCAUUAUUACUGCAGCAUUUGAUGAAGGCUGUAUGGCACUUAGGAUUGGCAGUGAAGAGCCUCCAAUAUCUAUGGACCUAUCUGGCAAAAUACUUUGGGCUAAACAUGCUGAGAUCCAGCAGGCCAAUGUGAAAGUUGCAAAUGAACAAGAGAUUAAAGAUGGGGAAAGACUGCUCUUGGCCAUCAAGGACAUGGGAACCUGUGAUAUUUACCCUCUGACUAUCUCACACAGUCCAAAUGGAAGGUUUGCAGUUGUGUGUGGUGAGGGUGAGUACAUCAUUUACACAGCUCUAACACUUAGAAGCAAAUCCUAUGGAUCAGCCACUGAGUUUGUGUGGGCCACUGACUCCUCUAUGUAUGCUAUCUCUAAUGGAAACACUGUGACUAUUUAUAAAAACUUCAAAGAAUUCAAGACCCUGAAACCAGCUCUUGGUGUUGAAGGUCUAUAUGGAGGUCAUUUACUUGGAGUCAGAUCUACUAAUAGCUUGACUUUCUACACAUGGGAAACAGUUUGUGUUGUUAGACACAUUGAAUUGGAACCCAAACAUGUUUUCUGGAAUGAAUCUAACACCCUGGUCUGUCUAUCAGCUGUUCAGUCAUUUCAUAUCUUACAAUACAAUCCUGAAUCCUUAGAGCCUUCUAGCACCACACCUGACGGGAUGUCCGAAGAUGGCAAUGAAAACUCUUUUGAGGUCUUACAUGAAAUUGCUGAAACUGUUACUCAUGGUUUAUGGAUUGGUGACUGUUUUGUUUAUACAAACAACCUCAACAGAUUACGCUACUAUGUUGGUGGUGAGGUUACAACAGUUGCCUAUUUAGACAGACCCAUGUAUCUACUGGGGUACAUUUCCAAAGAAAACCGUGUGUAUCUUGGGGACAAGGAGCUGAACAUUGUCAGCUACAGGCUCUGGACAUCUGUGCUGGAGUACCAGACUGCUGUAGUGAGGAAAGACUUUGAUUCUGCUGACAAAGUACUGCCCUCUGUGCCACUGGAUCAGAGAAACACAAUUGCCCAGUUUUUGGAAUCUCAGGGUUUUAAAAAGCAAGCCUUGGCUGUUUCCAAUGACUUAGAUCACAAGUUUGACCUGUCUAUUCAACUUGGAGACCUUCAGGUGGCCUACUCACUGGCUAAGCAAUGUGACACAACAGAUAAAUGGAAGGAACUUGCAGACGUUGCCAUGAAGAAGUCUGAUCUUGCCUUGGCACAAGAAUGCCUUCAGAAGGCCCAAGACUGGGAGGGCCUUCUUCUUAUAGCUAGCAGCACAGGCAAUAGGGAAUUAAUGAUGAAUGUGUCAACCUUGGCUAGCUUAAAUGCUAAAACCAAUGUGGAGUUUUUAGCCAACUAUUUACUUGGAAGGUGUGAAGAUUGCCUUGAGAUUCUAAUCCAAUCUGGCAGGCUACCUGAAGCUGCUUUCUUUGCACAUACUUACCUACCAUCAGAGAUUUCACGAGUUGUGGUACUUUGGCAAGAGAAGGCUUCCACAAUCAAUAAAAGGCUGGCUAAAUCUAUUGCUGAGCCAAAGUCAUAUGAAAAUUUGUUUCCUAAUUAUCAAGUGUUGUUAAAGACUCAAGAGUUUCUGAAAGCUGAACGGUCCAGAAUUAAACCAGCUUGUAGUUACUCUCAAACCUUAGAUACUUUAAGCUGUAACCCAGUGGAAGAAAUGAUGAAGGCAGAAUGUAGUGGCGCCUUUGUUUCCUCUCAGUUACUUAAUGCUGCCAGUGAAGUUGACGAGGAUGUGGAAGGUUUUGUUACAAUUCAGUCGUUGAGUCCAGGGGAUGAAUCUCCAUUUGAUGACUUAGAAAAUGAUAAAGAUAUUUUGAUCCCCUCUCAUGUGCAGAAGUUAUCCACUGCAUUGCUCAAUGAGCUAACCCCAGAGUCUAGUACGUCAGCAGCUCAGUUGGCUGGAGGUACUGCUAGUGAAGAAGUUCCAGCACAUCAGAUAAACUUUGACACAAAUGAGUUGUGGGAUCAAGAACUUGAGAUUGACUUAGAAAAUUUAAACAUUGAUGAUUUUGAUAUAGCUGACUUGAAUUUAGAUGGAGAUGAGUUUCUACUUGAUGAUGAUGAUGAUGCUUAAAAUGACUACAGCAGAUAGUCACCAGUUUUUAGUUCCUGUGUUUUAAGUAUUUCUCAUUGCAUUGGCCGGGCCACCAUAUACUGUUUGGGCCUCUUCUUUACAGUCUGGCUGGCCAGAAAUUUACAAGACUCGCUAGGUUGCAUUCCAUGGCUUGUGGUCAAGUUGGCAGCUAACAAUAAAUGUUGGUUUAUAUUCCAAUUUAUAUGUAUCAGUAUAAAUUACAUCAAUCAAACAGAAUUUUUAAAAUUUUGUUCAUACUUGUAUAAGUUGAAGUCAGUCAUAAUAAUGCUUGUAUAUGUUUAAUGAACUUUUUGUUGAAAGCCUUGUUUGACUUUUAUAUAGUUCAUAAUAUUUAAUGUGAAGCAUGUAAAGUGUUCUACAUGAUUUUAUAACAGAAUAUAUGUAGUGAAAUUGACUAAGUGGGAUGUUAGUAAGAAUGCUGGUUGAGUGUGGUGAUAGAUGGAUUGAUUUUUUAUGUUAGGUUUCAAAAUUGAGUGUCUGAAUGAUGUGGCUUUGAUUUUAAGUGAUGUUAGGUUUUUCUUUAUAGAUGUAUUUUUGAUGCUUCUGUGUGUGUGUGUGUCAUAAUUGAUUGUUUUCUUUAUAUAUUUAUUUUACAAUAAGCUGUUUUUAAACUAUAAUUUAAUUUUGUCUUAGUUACUUAGCUACUUCAUAAAGCUUAUAAUCAAUUUCUUGUCAUUCCUGUGCUGCUUAAAACUUGCU